AUAGGAACAUCCUUUUCCCACUUUCUCUGGUGGCGCGUGGAUUAUGCCUCCAAAUCCAAUGGACAAAUCAAAUGUUUCCUUUUCAGGUCAGAUUCGACUGCGAAACUGUUCUUAAUCACGCGCAAAGUUUUCCUUUCUUAAAAUUUCCAUUCUUCAUUUAUUCUUCCUAUAUAGCAAGAGAACAAAUCUUAACCUGAAAACCCUAACCCUAAGCUGGUAAACUUUGAGCAUCUGUAGAGAGAAGAGGCAAAAAAGAGGGAAGGAUUCGGAUAUAUAUUAUAUGCAAAUAGAACGAGUGCAAAAGACUGGGAGUAAAAUAAGUAUAAAAGGGGGAAAAAGCAAAAUUUAUAAUUCCUGAUCCAGUUUUCUGCUAUUCUAUUUUUCUUGGCUAACAACCUCAAGCUCUACAGCCCUCAAAACUCAAGAUCCCAGCGUACCCUUUUCUCUAUUUCUGCUUUAAUCCUAUAUUUAACAUGGAAAUCUUCAUUUGAUAGAUGCUCAUUUCUUUGUUUUACCUCAAAAUCUGAAAUUUGCCCUAAAAAGCAGCUUCAGUUUUGAUGGUUCCUUUCUUUUCCAUUUCUCAUUGGAAUCCAAAAGGUAUGCUCAAGUCCUCAUUGCCCAUAUCCUGAUUUCUUCUCUAAACCUCAAAUUUAGCUCAAAAUUUUGAACUUAGAUUUGAUUUUGUACCAUAUGCCCCAUCAUCAAAUUGAUCGCCAACAACGGGAACAAGAACGAGAGGCCGAUUCAACACUAGUGUUGUUAGUAUUAUGGGGGCAGAGAAAAGAUGGCUUUUCACACUCUUCUCUGCAGCAUUCCUCUCUCUCCUGUUUCUCCUAUUCUACUCAAUCUCUGCUUUCAGCUUCCCAAAACCCUUCCCUUCUGUAGUCCACUACGGCGCCCACUACCCGCCUGCUUUUGCAUAUUAUAUCUCUGGCGGCCGGGAUGAUGGUAAUCGGAUCCUCCGGCUAUUGCUGGCGGUCUAUCACCCAAGGAACCAUUACUUGUUGCAUUUGGGUGCUGAUGCGUCUGAUGAUGAGAGAGUGAGACUUGUUGGGGCAAUAAAUGCAGUGCCUGCAAUCAGGUCUUUUGCAAAUGUCGACGUUGUGGGGAAGCCUAAUCGGCUUACGUAUAUGGGUUCCUCUAAUUUGGCGGCCACGUUGCGUGCUGCUGCCAUUUUGUUGAGAGUGCACUCUGGGUGGAGCUGGUUUGUGGCAUUGAGUGCAUCGGAUUAUCCCUUGUUGACCCAGGAUGACUUGUCCCAUGUAUUCUCCUCUGUUAGCAGAGAUCUCAAUUUCAUAGAUCACACCAGUGAUCUUGGGUGGAAAGAAUCACAAAGGUUCCAGCCUAUUGUUGUUGACCCUGGAGUUUACCUAGCUAGGAGGACCCAGAUUUUUCAGGCUACAGAGAAGCGGUCAACUCCUGAUGCUUUCAAAGUAUUCACAGGUUCCCCAUGGGUCAUCUUGAGCAGAUCAUUUCUUGAAUUUUGCAUUCUUGGUUGGAAUAACCUUCCACGAACGCUUCUCAUGUACUUCAACAAUGUUAUUUUACCUGAAGAAGGCUAUUUCCACUCUGUUGUUUGCAAUGCACCAGAGUUUAAAAACACUACUGUAAACAGUGAUCUAAGGUAUAUGGUCUGGGACAAUCCUCCAAAGAUGGAACCUCAUUUUUUGAACGUUUCUGAUUAUGAUGAAUUGGUUCGAAGUGGAGCUGCUUUUGCCAGACAGUUCAAGAGGAAUGAUCCUGUACUGGAAAUGAUUGAUGAGAAGAUCCUAAAACGUGGACAUAACCGAGCUGCACCAGGUGCUUGGUGCACUGGCCGGAGGAGCUGGUUGAUUGAUCCUUGUUCCCAAUGGGGUGAUGUCAAUGUUGUUAAGCCAGGGCCUCAGACAAAAAAAUUUGAAGAGACCAUCAAAAACCUUGUUGACGAGUUGAAUUGGCAGAUGAAUCAGUGCCAAUGAAAGUGCAUAUUAAAGACUCAUUGUCACCUGAAUUCUGUUGAGAAUUCAAAAGGAUGACCAUCACUAGAUAUCGAUUCUUUGGACUUUAGGUCCAUUUUUGGGGGCCUCUCCAACUAUAGGCAAUGGAUGUUUAUCGGGGUGGCAGGCAGAGUUGAAGGGGAUACGAAGUGAAUUGACUUGGGGGGUUUCUUUCUAGAGCUACCAACUGUUGCAAUCAAUGAGAGGAUCUCCCUCUUUGAUACUGCCAUUAUAAUGCUGUUGUAUGUUCAAGUUGUGUUGUUUAUCGCUCGUCCAACGUUGUUAACAGAAGAUCAUUCAUUUAAUUCUAAUUUUGCUCUCAGUUACCCAAAUGAAAAAUUAUUGAACUAGUCGAUCAUGAAAUUAAGAGCAGCCGUACGUA